GGCUCCUUUUCACGUUGGCCAUUGUGGCUCUGAUACUGGCAAUGCGUUUUGGAUCGAAAUUUAAAAUUAUAAAGUUGCUAUGACAACGUUUUGCGUGUGAUUUAUUUCAUAUAAUCUGAAAGACAGCUUCUUUUUAGUUAAUUAUAAAUGCUAAAAUACAAGAUGUAUUAAUAAUAAUAAAAUAUAAAAGCAGGCUGAAAACAUAGACAAUGGGAGAUAAAGAGGAUGUAGACACUCGUUUGGAGAUUAUGAGCGAAUACAUACUAAAAUCGCUCAAACAGAAGGUCGAUAAAUGGGCGAAAUUUAUAUCGGGCGACGAAAGACAUGUUUUAUUUAGAUUCUUUGACAUGCCUAAAUACGAAAUCAUAGUAUUUCGAAUGAACACAGCGGGUAUGCUCACAUGUUCCACCAGUUUUCCUCCAAUAAGUAGAGGAAAAAUGAUAUAUUUUCUCAGAAAUAUCGAUGACAAAAUAACUCAGGCAAAUUUCCGCCAGGCUCUGACUAUUGGGGAGAUGUCUGGUAACGUGUUGAUGGAUAUAAGUGUGAUGGCGGACGAAGUUAUUGGACCGCUGCUGUGUAACCCUGAAAACCAGAAAGGAUGGCCGAAGAUAGUGCAGAACGAUAUGAAGAGACAUGUUAACGAUUUGAGAAAUUUGAUGACACAGUUGAAAGGAGAAAUGGCCAGUCAAGUGAUGUUACCGAUGCCAGCAGGUGUCGAAAGUAUUUACCACGCGGAAGCUCGGUUAAAAGAAAGUGACGGAGAGGACGUGGAUUUGUACCUUAAAACCAACAUAGAAGGCGCCAUUAUAAAAUGGGCACAGCAAGUCCACGAUUUAUUGAAAGAAGAUUCGUAUAUAGCGUUUAAACGGACAAAGUUCCCGCUACCGAAUGCGGACGUGGAGUUCUACACACAACGUCUCCGAAAUCUCGAAGGCAUAUACUCCCAACUAAGGGAUCCUCGCGUCAAGCGCAUGGCUCACUACCUCGAAUCCACCCGCAGCGUGUACCUCAGCUGCUUCAAGUCCAUGCUCACUAACGUUGUUGCUGCUAUAGUAGAAUGUCGCGACAUAUACGUGUAUCAGAAACCUUUAGUUAUACACUUUGAAACGUUCGAGGGCACGGACUUUUCCGAUGCAAAGAACCUCAUUCGUCCGAUGUUCCAUUGUAUAGGCUUGCUGUGGGGUAAUUCCCGAUAUUAUUGCAACGUGGAGAAAUUAAUACCUCUCUUGCGUGAAGUGUGCAAUCUAGUGAUACAGCAGUGUACUAAUUCGACAGACCCGUCGUCUAUAUUCCAAGGUGAUGCGGAAGAGCAGUUACUUAAAAUGAGAAAAGCUAUCGGUAUCUUGAAUCAUUUUAUAGAUACUUACGAAAUGAAUCGUGACAAAGUGCAUACGUUCUUUCCGCCCGGCGUGAUGCCGGUACGUUGGUCUUUCGACUUCGAUCGCGUGUUCAUGAGAUUCAACGUGUACAUGAAGCGAUUGAAAAUGAUCGAGAACAUUCUAGAGGCUACCGUUGAAAUCAUGAAACUAGAGAAGGUAGAAUUCUGUGGUUUACGUGGAAAAAUAUUGAGCACUGAGUGUAUAAAGGUGUUAGAAGAGUACACUUUGAUAUAUCAAAAUCUAGGGAAUAUCACGUAUGAUCCCGCGGAUCCGGAAUCUGAAAUUUUUCUUCCUGAUUAUCAUAAACAUAUGGGUGUACUAGAAGAUGUGGACAGACGACUUGCAUCAUUGUUUUCACAGGGUCUAGACGAGUGCCAUAAUUUAGAGCAUUUCUUUAAGUUUUUCCAAAUUAUCGGAGAUCUGUUUCAUCGCCCGUUAAUUAAACAAGAAUUGCAACCGAAAUUGCCGAUGCUUUUGGAUUUCAUGCACAGCAAUUUGGAUGCUGUAAAGGAGAUAUUUGAUGAGGAAAUGUCUAAACUAACUAAAGGUCCUGAGAGGCCGAUGGUCGAUCCUUAUUUACCACCAGUUGGUGGCGUGCUUUGGUGGGUUAAUAAAUUGCGUCGAAGAAUUCAAAUGCCGAUGGAAGAUUUUAUUCUGUUUGAAGAUCCGAUAAUAGAGGUGGAAUAUGCAAUGUAUAUGAAACAAAAACACAAUGAAAUGUUAGGUUACUUGAACUCGCUGGAGGACAAACAAUUCAAGCAGUGGUCUGGCACGGUGUCUCCGAUUUGUAAGCUGCAUUUAGCGAAGAAUCUUAUUUACCGAGAUCCACCAUUUGUUAGAAACAAUUUUAGUCCUGAGCUUGUUAUGUUGUUGCGUGAAAUACGCUACAUGAAAUAUUUAGACAAGCAAGGUAUACCAGCUGAAGGGCUUGAGCUAUAUGCUCGGAAUGAAAAAUUGCAGUACGAUAUGAACCGCUUAAAUCGCGCUAUAUCAUGGUAUAAUGCGAUCCGUGAAGGUAGCCACGAGACAGAAGUGGCUUUAAUCGAGAAAGAGAUUUAUGCUAUUGAUCAACUCCUUGGUCGAGGGGUUGAAGAGCUAACCUGGAAUGAUGAUUUUACCGAAUGGAUGGCAGAAGUAUACGCAGCUAUCAAUACGCUGCAAGAACGAGUGUUGACUGCACAGAACAACGUGAAGCGUGGUCUGGCUAACAUUGCCGCAUGGGGGGACAAACCACUGCACAACCGUAAGGAGAAUCCUGAUAAAAUGGAGUUGUUGGCUGUGAAUGAACGACAUCCUAGGUUUUUGAAGAGGCGUAGUGUGAUAUUAGACAGUCAUCAGGAGUUCAUCGAUAUUCUUAAGGUCAAUUACAAGCUAUUUUUCAACAUUCAAGACGAAGAAGAGGCUGAAGAAGAAGAGGAAGUGUUGGAAGAAGUCGAUGAGUCAACAUUAGACGAAGACGAGAAAGCAGCUCGCGCCGCCAAACUCGCUGCGAUAGAACAACGACGCGAGGAGAGACGACUCAUUCGGGAAGAGAAACAGAGGAUGAAAGAGGAGGCUGCUCAGAUCAAGUUUGAGAGGCGAGAGGCUCGAAGAUUAAAGCGGGAAGCCAAGGAAGCGGAGAGAGCAGAGAGACAGGCGCUUAGAGAUGCUGGUGAAGAAAUAGAAUCGCCGGCCGAAGAAGAAGAGGAAAUCGAUGAUCCCGAAGAACUUGCUGACAUUGAAGCUGAAAAACGGGAAAUGGAGGAGGAGGCGUUUAGAGCGGAGCGUUGGCCCGCCUAUGUCAGAUACGUUGAUUCAUUGGUAUCAAAACAAGUAAUGAAAGCUAUACAAUCGAGCUUAGAUUUGUUCGAGAGGCAAACCGACUUGGAGAAAGGGCCAAGGGUGGCAUUUAUGGAGAUAUUAGCAGAACUUAAAGAUCCAGAUAUAUUUUUCUCUCCAUCUCUGGAUAUGGAUGAUGAAGACGGUCUGUACGAUACUCUAAGAGAAAUGAUGAAGGAUAUGUUCCUCCAGGCUACAUUGUUCCCGAGGAUAGAUCCUAUAGUGCCGAUACCUACGUAUGAAGAUGACAUUGUUGCCGAAGAAGCUAUGAUCGACUUGUACCACGAAAUAUUAAAGAGGAUUGAAAACAGUAUUAACGACGUGGUGCAGUACGCAUCGAUCUAUGUUGCAGAAAUACGAAAAUAUACUUCCUUAUGGAUGGAAGACAGACAAGAAGUUUUAGCUGGGUUUCUGAAAUACGGCCGCGUCAUACCUCCAGAGGAGUUCGACAAGUACAAAUAUGAAUAUGGCACCGAUCCACCUGAAGCUAAGCCGAAAUUAGAACAAUAUCAAAAAGAGAUUGAUAAAUUUAACGCAAUGUACGAUGAAGUAGCUGCACUACCCGGCGAUUAUCUUUGCAACGGCUGGUUAAAACUCGACCUGAGGCGGCUGAACCAAGCUAUUAUGAAUAUCGUUUGUAAGUGGAGUAAUUUGUACAAACAGAACUUGAAAGAUCAUGUGCAAAAAAGUUUGGAUGAUCUAGAAGCAUUCAUAGCUUAUGCGAGUAAGGAAUUAUCUGUCGAACUUGAUGAUGAUGAUUACGAAGGCUUGUUGAAAGUGAUGGGCGUGCUGAUCGAAGUGAAGGCGAAGGUUGACGCGGGCACCGAACUGAUGUUCGAGCCGCUUAGAGAUAUUAUCGACGUGCUCAAGGAGUACGGUGUUGACUUUCCAGAGGAAACAUACGAACAGCUGGACGUUCUGCCAGAGCGUUGGCGUAAUCUGGUGAAGUUAGCGACAGUGAUGAAGAACAACGUGGCGCCGUUGCAAGCUGCGCAGGCGGCGCUGAUCGCCAAACGAGUUGCCCUUAUUAACCUGCGGCUUACCAUGUACAGAGAGCAGUUUAAGCUGAAGGAGAUGUUUUUGGAAAGCUGCAAAGAACCGUAUAGUCAAAUUGAUAAAGUGCAUCAGGAAUUGGUUGGUUUCGAAGAUAUAGUGGAUUCGUUGAAAAAAUCGUGUGCGUUAUUCGAUAUACAGCCACCAGAUGAAAAGAAUCUAAAGCAAUGUCGACGUGAAUUAAAACUUAUUAAGCAACUGUGGGAUUACUAUCAUCUCGUUAUGGGCACUAUCGAGUUCUGGAAGAAAUCGCCAUGGAAGAAGAUAGACGCAGACGGAAUGGACCAAGAGUGCAAACGAUUCACCAAGGAUCUACGACAGUUAGAUAAAGACAUGAGAGUUUGGGAACCGUACGCUGCAAUAGAGUUUAUCAUAAAGAAUCUGAUGACGUCAUUACGAGCAGUCACUGAUCUACAAAACCCAGCAAUCAAAGAUCGGCACUGGAUCGAACUGAUGAUGGCUACAAAAGUCAAAUUCAAUAUCACCGAUGAUACAACUCUAGCUGAUUUGUUGGCACUGAAUCUGCACAAAUAUGAAGAGGAAGUGAAAACUAUUGUUGACAAGUCUGUUAAGGAAGCGGCAAUGGAGAAGACGCUCAGAGAGUUGGAGGUUACUUGGGCUAUCAUGGAGUUUGAUUACACAACGCACGAUAGAACUGGCAUCAAAUUGCCUAAAGCAAGCGAAGAACUUGUGGAGACCUUAGAAGACAAUCAGAAUCAAGUACAAAAUAUGAUGUCGUCCAAAUUCAUUGGAUUCUAUGAAGUUGAGGUCACGGCGUGGCAAAAGAAACUCGGAACUGCCGAUGCUGUGAUAGCACUUUGGUUCGAAGUGCAAAGAAAAUGGCAAUACUUAGAGAGUAUUUUCGUGGGUUCUGACGAUAUAAGAUCACAGUUGCCAGAAGACUCCAAGAGAUUUGACGGCAUUGAUAAAACUUUCAAGGAGUUGCUUAAAGACAUUGCAGCUACUCCGAACGUCGUGCAAGCGACCAACAAGCCGGGCCUGUUGGACAAGCUCGAGGAGCUGAUGAGGGCGCUCAAUUUGUGCGAGAAAGCUCUCAACGACUACUUGGAAACAAAGAGAUUGGCGUAUCCUCGUUUCUAUUUCGUUUCUUCUGCCGAUUUGCUUGAUAUCUUGUCGAACGGUAAUAAUCCACCAGCUGUAUGCCGCCACCUCACCAAACUAUAUGAUAAUUUGGCAAAGCUUGUGUUCCCUAAAGCUGGCAGCAAACAUGCGUUUGAGAUGAUAUCGAAAGAGAACGAAGAACACGUUCCAUUUAAAGCACCCUGUUGCGACUGUUCAGGAAAGGUAGAGUUAUGGCUAAACCGUGUGACUGACUGCAUGCGGUACACUCUCCGCGACAUAUUCGAGCACUGCGUGAAGUCGUACGAGGACAAGUCUCGCGACGAGUGGGUGUUCGACUGGCCCGCGCAGCCCGCGCUGGUCGGCACGCAGAUCUGGUGGACCACGGAAACCAACCAGGCGUUCGAGAAGUUGGAGGAAGGAUACGAAAACGCCCUAAAAGACUACCAAAAGAAACAAAUUGCUCAGUUGAAUGCGUUGAUCGUACUGUUGUUGGGAGACUUGACAGUCGGCGACAGACAGAAGAUCAUGACCAUUUGUACCAUCGACGUACAUUCGAGAGACGUGGUUGCCAAGCUCAUUGUCGCUAAAGUGGAGACUUCUAAUGCAUUCCAGUGGCAGAGUCAGCUGCGGCAUCGAUGGGAUAAUAAUCUUAACAACUGCUUUGCUAAUAUUUGCGAUGCGCAAUUCCUCUAUGAUUAUGAAUAUUUGGGGAACACGCCUCGUUUGUUAUCACAACCAUUGACUGAUCGAUGCUACAUUACACUGACUCAG